GUGAGCAAUUUGUUCAAAUCCUUCAUAAUAUUUGUACAGCCAAAAAGCCCAGCAAAAACUCCUGUCAUUCACUCAAGUCCCCAACCGCCCAACCCCAUUUGGCCCCAUUUCUGAUUUCCGAUCUCUUCCCAACUCAACAAAUCCAAAAUCCCUUUUUUCCUUCUUUGCGCCUCUUGUACUUAAUAUCCUUUUUCUUUCUUAUUAUUGUUGUUAUUAUUUUCUCACUGUUUCUAUUUCUCUCAACCCUUCAUAUUCCUCCAUGUAACCCAUAGCAUCUUCUCUAUAAAUUCUCCAAGUUUCGCCUUUCCAACCCAUUAAAGGUUUCAUCUUUCUUCUUUCGCAAAUACUUUUGUAAUACAUUUAUCUUUCUUCUUUCUUCAUAAACACUUCGGAGGUGAAGAAUGAAGGAGUAUUGGACUUCUUUUGCUUCUCUGCUUGGUGUUUUAGCCUUUUGUCAAAGCCUUCUGCAAGCUAUUUUUCCACCAGAACUCCGUUUCGCUUCUCUCAAAUUCUUCACCAAAAUUUUCAAUGUCUUCUGCUCGUAUUAUUACUUUGACAUCACAGAAAUCGAUGGUGUUAACACCAAUGAACUCUACAACGCCGUUCAGCUUUACUUGAGCAGCUCCGUUUCCAUCUCCGGUAGCCGCUUGAGCCUCACUCGUGCUCUCAAUUCCAGUGUCAUCACCUAUGGCCUUUCAAACAAUGACUCCAUUUACGACUCCUUCAAUGGCGUCACCGUUCUCUGGGAACACGUCGUUUCUCCGAGACAAACUCAGUCAUUCUCUUGGCGACCUCUCCCUGAAGAGAAACGUGGCUUCACUCUACGCAUCAAGAAGAAAGACAAGUCUUUGAUUCUCGAUUCCUAUUUAGACUUCAUCAUGGAGAAGGCCAACGAUAUCCGAAGAAGAAAUCAAGACAGGCUCUUGUACACAAACUCGCGUGGUGGAUCUUUGGAUUCGAGAGGCCAUCCAUGGGAGUCGGUGCCCUUUAAGCAUCCCAGCACUUUUGACACUUUAGCCAUUGACCCACAAAAGAAGACGGAGAUUAUGGAAGAUUUGAAGGAUUUUGCAAAUGGGCAAGCUUUUUAUCAGACGACUGGAAGAGCAUGGAAAAGAGGGUACUUGUUGUACGGACCUCCUGGUACUGGUAAAUCUAGUAUGAUUGCUGCCAUGGCUAACUAUCUUGGUUAUGAUAUUUAUGAUCUUGAGUUAACUGAAGUGCAUAACAACUCAGAGUUGAGGAAGUUGUUGAUGAAAACAAGUUCAAAGUCAAUUAUUGUGAUUGAAGAUAUAGAUUGUUCUGUGAAUUUAACUAGCAGGAAGGGUAAUAAGAGUAAGGGUGGUUCAUCAGGUUCAAGAAAUUAUUAUGAGCCUGAAAUGAGAUAUGGGUCUGGUGGCGAUGAAGGCAAUAAUAAUAACUCAGUUACUCUUUCAGGAUUAUUGAAUUUUACUGAUGGGAUAUGGUCAUGUUGUGGCAGUGAAAGGAUUUUUGUGUUUACAACUAAUCACAUUGAGAAGCUUGACCCUGCAUUGCUGAGAAGUGGAAGAAUGGAUAUGCAUAUCUACAUGAGUUACUGUACUUAUCCUGCAUUGUUGAUUUUGUUGAAGAAUUAUUUGGGUUAUCAAGAAAGUGAUUUGGAAGGUGGGGUUUUGAAGGAUUUGCAGGAGGUUAUUGAGAAAGCUGAGAUGACUCCAGCUGAUAUCAGUGAAGUGUUGAUAAAAAACAAGAGGAAUAAGGAGAAGGCAGUGAAGGAGCUGGUUGAGACAUUGAAGGUGAGAGCUGAGAAGAGGUUGAAGAAUGUAGGGUUGAGGGAGAAGAAGAGUAAUUCAGAUUUUGUUGAAGAGGAAGAAGAAGAAGAAGAGCAAGAGAAGAGGGCUCUUGAGAGUCCUAAUAAAGAAGAAGGAACAGACUUCAAUGAGGAUCAAAACAGUUUCAACAAGGAAAAUGAUGAUGAAGAAAAAGAAGAUAAAAAGAAAAUUAAAUGAUGAUUAUGUAUUAAUUAAUUAGUCUUAAAUAUUUUUUUCUCUUUUUCUUUUGUGGUUAAUUAAGGUUAAGGUUGAGAAAGCUGAAGAUGAAAAAGCUAAGCUAGAACAGCAGAUUGAUCUGCAAAUUUUGUUGGUAGGGCCAGUGGGGGAAGGAAGAAAUGGAAAAACUACAAAGAAAAAUUAAUAUAUAUCUAUAUCUAUAAUAUUCAUGUUCAA